GUUGCUCCAUGGUGUGGGCCAACAGCUCAGGACCUGGCUUUCGGCCCUACGACGGCGCCCCCCGCGGCGAUGGCCGCCACGGUGACCGCCAUGGCAACUAUACUGGCAGCAGGUGGGGGCCCCCGGGCCAGGGUCCCCGGCCAUGCAACAGGUCUGCGCCCACAUACUUUGCCGCCAAAUUUCGCAACUUCCAGACGAUCAAUGCCGUCGGGUACGCGAUGACGCUUCUCAUCGCUGUCGGCCUCGUGCUCUACCUCCGGCGGCACCGGUCGUCAGCGUACAAUGGCAACGCGGCCGCGGCGCGCAAGGUGCUUUUACCGUCGUUUGAGCCGCUCUUGUGGGCCGUGAUGGCCAUCUCGGGGCUCUACUGCCUCUACUUUGUCUUUGCCGCCGCGACCGACGAUAUGUUUGCCGUGCACUCGCCCAUCUUUAUGCAGGCGCUGCUCCAAGGCCGGCAGUGCCUCUUCUACCUCAUCGUCGCCUUUCUGCACCAAGCCAGCGUCUCGCGCCGGGCCCUCUGGCACGCGCUGCUGGUGGCACUCGCGCUGGCGCUCCUCCCGAUCCUCCUCUUUCUUGUCAUACCCGAUUCGAACCGCGAGGCGCUUCCGAUUGUCGAAGCCACGUACCUCGGCGUGAUGCUACUCGGCUGUCUCAAGUUGCUCGUUUGGCCGCCAGCGCGCGCGAGUCGGAGCGCAUGGCGGCAGUUUGCGCUCUUUGCGAUCGUUUAUUACGCCACGUCCACCGCGCACCUCUGGCUCUUCGCGGCCGGCGGGUGGCAAGUCGGCACGACCAUGAUCUUCUUCAGCACGAUCUGGGCUGCGAUGCUGCCGUACUUUAUCUGGCGCCUCCUCCAAGCCGACACCAACUACUGGCGCGGCCUCGGACAGCACGCGGCCAUUGCGCCGUCGCCGGGCGGUAUCCACGAGAUCGUCUCGGCGCAAGGUCUGCACGUGCUCCUUGAAGUCCACCAGCACGACGUGAUCGACUUUGCGCAUCUCGAGCUCCAAGCAAAAAUCGGUGUCGGGGCGACCGCCACCGUGUACAGCGGCCUCCUCCACUCCAAGCAACCGGUCGCUAUCAAGGUCUACACGCCGCAUGAGAUCUCGGAAGCGACGAUCGCCGAGUUUUCCCAAGAAACCGCGCUCUGCGCAGUGCUCAAGCACCCGAACAUCGUCGCCUUCUACGGUAUGUGCGUCUCACCACCGACCAUCUGCCUCGUCUCGGAGCUCUGCGAGUGCUCGCUCGAUGCGCUGCUGACAGGCCCGCAGACCGAGCUCGCCGAGCCGCUCUGGCCGCGGCUCUGCUACCUUCUCGACGCCGCCCGCGCUGUCGCCUACCUCCAUAGCUUUCGACCGCCGUUCGUGCACCGGGACCUCAAGCCGAGCAACUUUUUGCUGGACGUCAACCAUGUGCUCAAGCUCACCGACUUCGGCGCGUCUCGCAGCAUGGCCGCCCGUCCCAACGAUGGUGCUGACGACACUGGCUGCGUUGACUUUGACGAUGACGGAAUGGGCACGGAGCGCAGCAUGACGGUGCGGGGCACCGCCGACUACAUGGCGCCCGAGGUCAUUGACGCGCACCAGGGCCGCGCCAGCUACAGCGAAGCCGCCGACAUUUACAGUCUCGGCAUCACGUUCUGGGACGUCCUGCACCCCGGACGUGAAAAGUAUAGCAGUGUCGAGAGCCAUUUGCAAGUCUUUAACGUCGUCCUCGACGGCGAACGCCCGCCACUGCACCCGACGCUGCACCCGCCGCUUCGGGACCUCCUCGAGGGCAUGUGGGGCGUAUCGCCCGAGUACCGUCCGACGGCCAACGCUGUGGUCGCGUCGCUCGAAAACAUGCUGCGGGACACGCUGCCGGUCAUCACCCAGCGCCUCCACCGGCUACUGCAGCACGCCGUGAGCCGAAAAGCCUCGUGGAGCCAAGUUGCGCCUGACGCCGUCCUUCUCGUCUCGGGCGAAGAGAUCGCGUCCUGCCUCCUCGAGCACGGAUACGCCACGGACGUUGGGCAUGCAACGCGCCUCGGCAACAGCCUCCUCGACGCGGGCUUUGUGCACCAUCUUCGCCACACCAAGCAUUUUGAAGCGUCGCCGGCGACCUACUACUUUGACGCGAUUGAGAUUGAGCUAUGCUUGACGCCGGCUGUCGGGGCGAUUGAUGCGACAUUGCCGAUGGACGACGAUGCGCACAUGGCCGUGCUCAUCGAGAAGCCGCGGUGUAUGUGUCGCAAGCUGGCGCAGGGCCACUUUGGGAUGACGAAAGCGAACUUGUUUCGGCGCCGGCGUCACGCGCCACCGAACCACCAUGCACUCACGGUGCAUCUUCUCAACGAGGUCGGCGAGGAAGAAGCCGUCGUCGUCUCGCGCAUUGGGCAGCGCACGUAGUGUAUCGAUACGGUAUCUUUAAACAUUAUGACUCAUAUCAAAACGAGAAAGUGAUAGCGUUGUACAGGAAAAGGGGUUCGGGUUCGUA